GUAUUUAAGAGACGAUGUUUCGUGAAACUACAACAAAUUACCGAGAUGUUGAGAAUUGCUAUUUUAGUGGCAAUUUUGUUUGCUCCAAGAGCAAAUACAUUGGACGACAAUGAAAAUGGAGAAACCGCUCUUAAACGCUUACUAGGACAAGACGAAGGCUCUUUGGGGCAAUUGGGGGAAUCAGAUGCUUUUGAGUCCGACAUGGAGGAAAUCCUUUUAAACCUAGAAGGAGAAAAAGAAAAUAUGGACCCUGAAAUGGACAUUGAAGAUAAUGAUAUCAACUCUUCCGGAAGUACAGAAGAGGAAGAAGAGGAAGAUGAUGAAUUAGAAGAAGGAGAAUAUGAUGAUGAUGAUGAUCAAAACGAUGAGUCUGUAAGCACUGAAGAUGACUCUGGAACAGACUUGGAUGAAUCUGAAGGUACUGAGGAGAGUGGAAGCACUGAAGAUGAUUCUACAAAUGAAUCUAAAAGUAGUGAAAGUCAAACAGAGGAAAAGAGUGAAAGUAUUGAAGAUGACUCUGGAAAUGAAGACGCUGUUGAAUAUUCUUUAGAGAAUUCUUUGUCCCAACUGAAUGAAAUGAUAAAGAAAGCAAACCCGGAAUUAACAGAGUCAACGAAACGAAGCUUUGAAGAUGAGGAUAUGAUUGAGGGAGACAUCAAACUAGAUAAAGAAUCAGCCGCAGAACUUGUCGAGUUUUACAAACGGAAUCCACAAUAUCUGAACCUUGACUCCAAUGUUACGGACAGAUCUUUCACAGAUGCUAUGUCGAAACGUAAGGUAUUACGCUCAGGGAAAUGGAGAAUGCCGAUCAAAUAUCGCAUCGAAAGUUCAUCAUACAGGACAGUUGUGCAAGAGGCAAUCAGAAUUUGGAAACAAGAAACGUGCUUGCAAUUUAGUGAAAAAACAACCUUUUCGCCACCAGGAAUUAAAUUCACCGGGAGAUAUGCAGGAUGCUGGGCUCAUAUAGGCAGACGAAGCUUCGGAAACACUGUUAACUUGGGAAUGGGUUGUAGAACGGUAGGAAUUGCUGCUCACGAAAUAGGGCAUGCUAUUGGCUUCUAUCAUGAACAAAGCAGGCCUGAUAGAAAUAACUACGUCACAAUAAAGAAGGAGAAUAUAAAAGAUGGAAAAGUACACAAUUUCCUCAUCAAGCCCUCUACAACAUAUGGAACCAAAUACGACUAUGGAUCAAUUAUGCACUACAGGGACACGGCCUUUGCCAAAACAAGUGGCUUGAAAACAAUCACUGCAAAGCAACCAAAUUUCGAGAGGACGAUGGGACAGAGGACCGCUUUGUCGUUUUACGACAUAAAAGCUGCCAACUACCACUACUGCCAGGGAAAAUGCACCGGAGGUUUAAAAUGGUCAAAGUGCAGAAACGAUGGAUACAGAGAUCCCAAAAACUGUAAAAUAUGUAAAUGUCCAGAAGGUUGGACCGGAAGGUAUUGCACCAUACUGAGUUCCUCCAGACCAUCUUCUAGAUCGUGCGGAUCGCGGUACAGGACUGCUGGUCGGAAAUACCGUUCCUUGCAGUCACCAGGGUACUCUUCCUCAGGAUAUACAACGACAGCAGAAUGUACAUGGAAAAUUAGGGCACCGAUUGGAAAACGUGUCAAACUGUACUUUUCUGGGAGUUUCAAAAUUAAAUGUCAUUCACGAUGUUUAGAUUUUGUUGAAGUCCGUUACAAAAGUCUCUCUGCAACAGGACCAAGGUUCUGUUGUUACCAGAGACCAAGGCGUACAUUUACGUCUACUGGACGAGAAAUGUUGAUUCUCUUCAGAACUUUCUCAGGAAGUCGCCAGAAAGGAUUCCGUGCUAGAUAUAAAUAUGUCUGAGCAGGAGAUGUGUAUUGGAAGAUGACCCGUCGGUGUUUCAUUAACGAAAUCAAGUACUGAAAUUCUAUUUUGUGCAGAUCUAUCAUUGUCAUAGUUCUAUAUGAAUUCCACUUAGUAGAUUCUUUUUGUAUGAUUUCUAUAUAAAUAAAAGAAUGUGUCUUU